AUGUUCUCAAACUUUGGUGAUAUUGGUCAGAAUAUAAAGUGUUUAAUGAAUGACUAUCAACGCAAAGCACAAACACACCAACAAUUGGAAUCUAUUGUGGACAUGAAAAGGUUUAUUGAACAAUAUCCUCAAUUUAGAAAAAUGACAGGGACCGUUUCUAAACAUGUACAAUUAGUUAGUGAACUUAGUCAUCUUGUAACAGAAUGGAAUUUAUUAGAAAUUUCUGAAUUAGAGCAAAACAUUGCUGUUGCAAAUGGUGAUCAUCAAACUUGUAUAGAAUCACUUAAAAGAAUACUUCAACAUCCAAAAACAACUGAAUUAAAUGCACUUCGUUUAGCAAUGCUUUACGCUCUUCGAUUUGAAUCUUCUGCCAACAACUCGUUAAAUUUAAUUUUAGAUUUAUUACGGCAAAGGGGAAUUACAAAUCGCAAUAUUCAACUAGUCAAAAUUUUAUUAGAAUAUUCUGGCCACAAAAAACGACAGAGUGAUUUAUUUGGCAAUAAAUCUGCUAUGGAAAUGACUAAAAAAUUUAUUAAGGGCUUGAAGGGCGUUGAAAACAUUUACACACAGCAUGAACCUUAUAUUACACAGUUAAUUGAAUCUGUUAGUCGUGGUAAAUUACCUGUAUCUAAUUUUGCUUCUACAGAUUCUUCUCGUUUUGAUGAAGUAAUAAUUUUUAUAAUUGGUGGUGCUACUUUUGAAGAAAGUGCGGCGGUAGCUCGAAUGAAUGGGCGAGGGAUGACAAAUUUAAUUGGCCAAACCCAAACAACCGGAUCCUCACCUCUUCGAGUUGUGCUUUGUUCUAAUUAUGUGCAUAACACUAAAAGGUAUUAUAGUUAG